CUGUGUACAUGUACAGAUCUUUUCGGACGUUUUAGGCUUAGAAGCAACAAAAAAAAUAUAAAUUUUAGUUUUCCAAAUUACAUUUUAUUUUAAACAUGUAUAACAUGUACAAUUGCUUAAGACGUGGCCUAUGCCGGUCAAAUGUGCUGAAUGCAGUGACAUUGCAGCGUCUUAAGUCGGGCAAAUGCGGCAACAAGAAGGGUGGCAAACCAAAGUGUGGCAAGAUUAACUUUACCUGUGGCAAGCCUGAGAAUAUGGCGCCCAUAAAGCCACCGGGCAGUGGUAAGGAAACGAAGCUGCCAAAGCCGCCAUCCAUCUGGUUGAAUCCUUUCUGCGAUGAGGAUGCGGUCUAUUGUCCGUUCAAUCCUCGUUUCGAUGAUAUCUACUAUGUGGAGUCCGACAAGGCCAAGCGCAAGUACUGGCAAACCUGGGUCUCCUGUCCACCCCUUAAGAUGAAAAAGAAGAAGAUUUGCUGCUUUCAAAAGCUGAAGCAUCCGCCCAUGCGCAAGCGCAAGAUCAAGCCCGUUACGGCUUGUCCACAGCCCGUAGACUGUGCGAAUGAGCGCGAUCUGAAAUGCAAGAAGCUGAAGCGUCGCUGCCACAGAGCCGGACGCAUGCCGCCAGAUUGUAUACCCACAAAGCGGCCACUAGACUGCACCAAGCCUCUGACGCCAUAUCCAUCGUUCUCAGAGUGCACGCGCAUGAAGCCCGGCGCACUGCCGCUGAGCGAGUGCAUCUGCUGGCGCACUCCCAUGCUCUGCGAGGCUUGGGCGGAGUGGCGCAAACGCUCCAUGGCCAAGGUCCAUGGCAAGUAAUCCAGUAAAUACACAGUUUGCUAAUGCUAAGUAAAAAAUAAACACUCCAAAACGUAAA